AUGUCCGGUAAGAUUUCCCUGCAGAACAUUUUAGUAGUCUUGUCUCUACCAAAUGAGGCCAUUGUAAUGCAGUUGAAUGAUGACUUAGAUGUUGAUUCUGUAGAUGACGUAACCGAAAAUGUUCAAGAUGUAGAAGUAAAGGAUGAUAAAGAGAUGAUGAACAAAAUAUUCUGGAUUUUAUGCUUGCUCAUUGUCACAGUCAGUUGUCAGUAUCCACAAAGGCCUGAUCCAAAAUACGGUAAAUUUCCAAACUACAGGGAAUCAAAAAUUGUUAAACAUGAGAGCAAUAUAGGACUACCCAACUACAAUUUUUCAUACGAAACCAGUGACGGAUCACAAAGACAAGAAGAAGCAGAGGUAAAAAAAGUUGGUAAUGAACAAGAAUCGUUAGUAGUUCACGGGUCUUAUACUUAUGUAGGAACUGAUGGAGUUACUUACAAAGUUACUUAUGUAGCUGACGAAAAUGGAUAUCGAGCUUCUGGAGAACAUCUUCCAAAAUCCAACUAACAUCGAAAAUAUUUCAUAAUAUUUAAGGAUUUAUGUUUAGAAUAAUAAAGAUAUAAUCCUGUUAGGUUUUUGACCUUUAUCUGUGAAAACUAUAUACUAUGUAUUAAAUUUAUUCUUGCUCUUAGCUUGCCAUGUCAUGCUGAACAUUGGAAAUCAUCGGCAAUAUCCUUGACUUUAUGCAUCACAUUUCUGAACAAUGAUAGUGAGCUGGUU